UUGCUAUUAUCUCCAUCUACAUUUGACACAUGACAAUUGAGAGAUAGCGUCCGUUGACAGGUUCGAAGGAGGACGGGACGAAAUUUUGAAAGUACUUCGAUUGUCGUGUGUUUCUCUCUGAUACCGUAGAGCUAUCAAAUGCCACUUGAAGCGGAUGCCAUGAAGUGAGCUUCAGUUCUGCUUUUGUGUCUGUGGCUAUUACUUCUCCAAGAAACUGGUAUUAUGUAUAGGCUUUUUUUGGUCAAAGAUUUUGUAAACCAAACUAUGGCGCAAGAUGGGAUUGCGACGUCCGAGGCUCUGAAGUACUUUCUUAAUGGAGGACUUUCAAUCGCUCUGGUACUGUUGGGAGGGUUAUUUGCUGGCUUGACGCUGGCAUUCAUGAGUCAAGAUAAAGUCUAUCUCCAAGCCAUUGCGAAAUCUGGAACCGGAAAGGAGAGACAUAAUGCUCAGAAAGUCUUGGACAUCCUUCAACGUGGAAGACAUUGGGUUUUGGUUUCUCUUUUGUUAGGAAAUGUCAUCGCGAAUGAAACUUUACCAAUUGUCCUGGAUCGUGACAUAAAGGGUGGAUUGUUUGCUGUUCUAGCUUCCUCAGUACUGAUUAUGAUUUUUGGAGAGAUCAGCCCCCAGAGUAUAUGUGCCAAGUACGGAUUAACUAUUGGAGCCUGUUCAUCGAGAUAUGUGCUAUGGGUGAUGUAUGGACUAUUUCCAGUGGCAUAUCCCAUUGCCGAACUCCUGGAUCGCCUGCUAGGAGCAAACCAUGGUCUUGUCUUCAACAGAGCUGGGCUAAAGACACUAGUCAUGCUCCACGAAGGCCUGAAUUUGUCACCAGAUGAACGUCUGAACCGAGAAGACGUAACCGUCAUCUCUUCAGUCCUCGAUUUGAAAGAGGUGCCGAUUUCAUCAAUCAUGACUUCGCUGCCGAAGCUCUUUAGUCUGAGCAUCGACACCUACCUCAACGACAUGACACGGUAUAAUAUUCUUAAAUCCGGAUAUAGUUCUGUCCCCAUUCAUAUACAGGGUCAACCAACAAGUUUUGUGGGGGUUUUGCCAAUAAAGUCUCUUGUCGCGCUCAACUUUGAGGAGGAAGUGACUGUCGGACAGCUGUCUCUCGACACUCUUCCCGUGGUCAGAUGUGAUGCCAGCUGUCAGGAACUCUUUCAAGUUUUUCGGGAUCGGAAGGUCCAUCUGGUGUUGGUAUCGGAGACGGGGACCAACCAUGGUAAGCCGCUGGGCAUCGUGAGUGCUAGGGACGUAAUGAGCGAGCUGAUAGGGGGCUCCAUUGGAUACAAGGAAGCCGAGUGCAAUUUGACAUGA